AAGCAAACAGCCGGUUCGAAUGGGCAUCUGGGUUGGCAGUGCUGGGCUCGGAUACGUUCUGGCCGGCAUCGCAAGCUUCGGCAUUGGACACUUAGGCGGAUCGCUCUCAUCUUAGCGAUAUGCGUUUUUACUCUGGGGCGGGAUGACUCUGUUGUGGGGGCAUCAUCAUUCUUCUGUUACUGCCCGACAACCCAGUACAAGCGAAAUUCCUGGGCGAAGAUGAGCGAAGAGGUGCCAUUCUCCGCAUCCGUGACAGCGAGCCCGGUAUCGAGAACAAGCAGUUCAAGAAAGCGCAGUUCGUCGAGGCGAUGUUGGAUCUGAAGACCUGGCUGCUGUUUAUUUUCGCAGUCGCUUCCAACGCACCAAAUGGAGGCUUGACCACGUUCCAGGGCAUCAUUAUUCGUGGUACGGGCUUUUCGAAGCUUCAAACUUCCCUAAAUUCCGAUGCCGUCAGGUGGGGUGUAAAUGGUGGUCUGCUGCGGAGCCUGUUACUUCGCUUCCAGAUUUCCCAACGCACGGCUGCUGGUCAUGCUGAUAUGCCUCGUCCCUUUCGUCGCUGGAACUAUUGACACUUGGUUGAUCCCGCAAGGCAUACCCUACGGUCGUUUAGUGUGCUUCUGGAUUUCGUUCUCGUACACAGCCACAUAGGAACACGGGUGUUAUCGAUAGGUAAGCGGCAUUUGGGUGCUUUUGGGUCACAGAAAUAAACUCCGAGCUGCCGUGGAAAGUUCUCAACCGGGUAUUCAAGAGGGGAACGAGAACGGUUUCAGGGGCAUGACUGACCUGGAAAAUCUGCAUUUUAGAUACGUAUUUAAGCCGGUGGGGUGCCAAC